AUGGGUGAUCAAUGUCAAAAUUUUAAUACUACUAAAACAACAUGGGAUCGUUUCAAAUCCUGGAUUCAUUGCAUUUGUGUAGUAACAUUCGAUUUAGAGUUAGGACAAGCUUUAGAAAUGAUAUAUCCAUCACAAACAACAAUGUCUGAUCAAGACAAAACUAGUAUUUGUUAUUUGGCUUUUCCUGAUUCCAAUUCUGGCUGUAUGGGUGACACAAAAUUUCACUUUAGGUUUAGAUCAAGUUUUUUACCUGAUCAUCAAGGAUUGACCGCUGCUCAUCAAAUCUAUAAUGAAAAUUGCCUGUCAACACUUCAAAUUUCUUCUUCGUACUUUUACGGUUUUGUUUUCUUUAGGCAAGUUAAAGAUAAAAACUUGCCUAGAGAUUAUUUUCAAAAGAGUGUAGUUAUUAUAACAAGGCUUCCCUUUAUCACAUUAUUUAGUGAAGUAAUUGCCAUCAUAGCUCCUGAAUUUUUUGAUCACGGAGAACUGAGCUUAGAAGCUGCUUGUCAUGACAUUAAUCAAUGGCCUCCUCCUGUACCUGGAAAAACAGUAACAUUACCACUAAUAGGAACAGCUAUUCAGGUUUUUAUUCCUUGUCAACAAGGAAAAUCUUCUGAAAGUACUACUCCAGUUGCCAACGUUAGCAGUCCAAUUUUGCCUUCCUUUUCUAACACGAUAUUAACAUCAGUAUAUGAUGUUGAUUUAUUUAAAUGCUUUUCCUCUUUACUUCCUCAUAUACAUUUACUUUGGGAAUUGGUAUUAGUUGCAGAACCUCUUGUUGUUAUGUCAUCACAGCCUCAAACAUGUUCCGAUAUGGUUCAAGCACUUAUAAGCACCAUAGCUCCUCUCAAUUUUUGCUCAGAUUAUAGGCCUUAUUUUACAAUUCAUGACAAUGAAUUUAAAGAAUACACUACAAAAACUCACCUUCCUCCACCGGUGAUACUGGGAGUUACAAAUCCUUUUUUUGUUAAAACAUUGCAACAUUGGCCACACAUAAUUAAAACAUCGGAAAGUUAUCAAAGUAAUUUUAAGCAGAACAAAUUAAAAAAGGGGACAAACAUAAAAAUGUUGGAUUCGAAGCCGGGAGUUUAUACGCAUUACAGGCCAUUUCUUAAAAAGGACAAAGCAAUGCUAUCUAAAAUUCUUAAAGGCGUCCAGGCUAAAAGGCCAGGAGAAGUUCAGACAGCUUUACUCAAAAGGCAUCUUUUAGAAUUAACACAAAGUUUUAUGAUUCCGUUAGAGCGAUACAUGGCAUCUUGUAUGCCUUUACAAAAAAAUAUAUCUCCUUAUAAGGCAGCUCCAGUACCUCGGCCAUUCAAUCCUGAUGAUUUUUUGGCAACUCUUGAAACAAUGGGUCCUCAACUCACGUCCGGAGUCAAAGGGGAUUGGCCUGGACUUUAUAGAAGAUUUUUUAAAUCUCCCAAUUUUUCAGGAUGGUACAAUACGCGGUAUCAACACUUGAGUAAAAAACUUCGUGCUCUUCAAUUAGAAGCUUUAUGUGAUGCCGAUUUAACCGAAUGGGUUAGAGAUAAAAAAGAAGUAGAAAUCGUAGACAUGAUAUUAAAAAUUAGAAGUAAAUUGCAACACAGUGAUCUUCCUAUAAAUUCAGGCACCAAGGAACAAUUAAGGGCUCGGUUAGAGGACAUGAUUUGUACAUUGCCAGAGGAUUUGAAAACGGUUUUAAAAACGAGCUGA